AUGCUGUCGACCAACACCCUUGCUUUUGCAUGCAGCUUCUUGCUUUCCUUCGGGUUCGGUGUACGCAUCCUUCCAAAUGAAAAUGGCUCACUGCCUCUCCUAGAUAGCUACGACUACAUCAUCGUCGGCGCAGGGAUAGGUGGGCUCGUCGUUGCUAACCGUCUCUCGGAGGACGCGUCGGUAUCUGUACUAGUAAUUGAGUCUGGAGAUCUUGAUGAUCGCGCCGAAGAUAUUUCAAUACCCGGGAACAUUGGGCUCGAAGAUCCGCGUAGGUAUGAAGUGAAGUUAGAAAUGGCGCCACAGGAGUUUCUUGAUGGGGAGACCCGAGUCUUCACCCAGGGAAAAGCCGUGGGCGGUAGCACGAUAGUCAAUGGCCUCGUCUGGACAAGGGGCUCGGUAGCAGACUUCGACGCAUGGGAGCAUCUUGGUAAUCCUGGUUGGGGAUGGAUGGGCCUUUUGCCAUACUUUCGAAAAUCUGAGAAUUACUCUAAACCAAUCAGCAAUAAAUCAAUACAAGACGCCUCCAUGACCGCCCGUUCAGUUAUUAGCGAACACGGCCACCAUGGACCGGUCGAAGUGGGCUAUCCAAACUAUUUCUAUAACCAAUCUCACAACUUCCUUAACGGUAUCCAAAAACUCGGGAUACCCCUCAACGAAGACCCAAAUAGCGGGAAUGCUACGGGUGCCUGCAUGGUCCCUAGUAGUAUGUCGGCAAAAAACCAAUCUCGUUCUGAUGCUCGCACUGCGUACCUCGAUUCUGCGUUGGAACGUCCAAACCUACACCUGAUCACUGGCCACACCGUUACCCAUAUUCUAUAUGACAAAGGUGGCGGAAAGCCUUCGAGUUCAACUUACGUUCCUAGUGUGCCCAGCUUAAAUAUAACUGGUGUUGAGUUUGCUACCAACGAGACGGUCGAUACAAUCACGGCCACGUGUAAGAAGGAGGUAAUUCUUGCUGCCGGCUCUAUCUUCUCUCCAGUAUUGCUGCAGAUAUCCGGUAUUGGACCAGCAAAGCUUCUAAGAAGCCUCGGAGUCGACGUAGCCAUUGAUUUACCAGGGGUAGGAAGUAACUUGCAGGAUCAUCCUACCCUGGAGCCUGUUUACGACUACGCCUCACCCGAUGUGUUUUCGGCGUGGGACAUUGUAGGAAGUACACGCGAUGGUGUUCGGGAGGAAUACCUGGUCAACCGCACAGGACCUUGGACAGCACCUAUGGUGAACGCUAUUGCCCUUCCUGCUUUAAGUUGGAUAACGGAUCGUGUUCAAGAAGUAUUAGAUGACGCGGCCGACGCAAACUGCACGCUGCCCUCUUCGUACGACGCGGCCCUUCGCGAAGGAUAUGCCGCGCAACAAGCCGAGCUACUAUCCCUCCUUGCGCGAACCGACACCCCAGCUUACGAGGUAAUGUCGACAUCCUGGGGCCAGUUGGCAAUCAGUGCCAUGCAGCCGUUCUCGCGUGGCACAGUCCUGGCGAAUUCUUCAUCCAUGUUCGAAAAUUCUCAGCCUAUCAUCGACCCACGGUUCUGUUCGCAUCCCGUCGAUUGUGAGUUAUUACUCCUCGGUGUUGAAUUCAACAAUCGCCUCAUCCAAACGCCGCCGAUGGCAGCGCUGAAACCAAGGCCGCCACCAGGCUUUAGUGCCGAAGAAGCGCGAAACAAGACGGCACUCGAUGAGACGGUGCGGGUAUAUGGUACGAGGAACCUAAGAAUCGUAGAUGCCGGUGUUAUACCAUUGGUACCAGGCGCCCACAUCCAGGCUACAAUAUACGCCAUUGGCGAGAAGGCUGCGGAUAUAAUCAAGAACGAAAGCUGGGGAACUCUUCCCAGGGUAGAGCCAUUGCCCGAAGAGUUCCAAGAUCGACAACCAGCAGCAUCACCUGAGGAUUCUUCGAAGUCGGGAUUGUUACCGCUACUUAAGCCGGGUCGUCGACACGGUACUACUCAUAGCGGUCGCGAGGUUCGUUAGAUACAAGAGUCUAAGAACUUCUGAUUACUUGGCUUAGGAUGUAGAGACUUCAAAGCUUUAAUGCGCUAGGUACCUAGGUAUUUAAUGUUAAUAAACCUACAGUUAUACAGUAUUGAGGUUGGAGGUUGGAGGCUCAAACGUUAUGACGAAGGUCCUUCGAGGUUGCUUGUAAAGGUGUGUGUUAGGUACAUG